AUGCCCAAACAGUUUAAUAUAGCAGUUUGUGGAUCAGCUCGUGUUGGAAAAAGUACUCUUGUUAAUGCUUUAUGUGGAAGACAAGUAGCCCAAACAAGUAACAGUUUAUGUUCAGCAACUGACGAAAUGAAAAAGUAUGUGUUGAAUCAUGCUUCUCAAUCAGUGAAUGAAGCUGCAAGUUCAACUGAAUAUUCUAUUACGAUCUGGGAUACACCAGGUGUUGAAUCUUGGACUAAAGAUCAUGUUCAAAAACAUUUUACGGAUAUCAUGCAUGAGAGUACUCCACUCUGUAUGAUUUAUUGUGCAUCUCCUGGUUCAUUUGCUCGACUCGAUCAAUUACAAUGGCUUGUCGAUACAUGUAUUAAAUCAAAUAUUUUUUGUGCUCUUGUCUGUACGAACAAGUAUAGUGGAGGAAGUGAAAAACGUACUCAUGUAUUGAGUGAAUUUCAUUCACUUCUUUCUCGUCAUCAUACUAUGACACGUGAUAAUGCUAAUAUAAAAUAUUAUGGAAAUGUUGGCCUGUGUACAUCAGUAAAUAGUAUUAUUUUUGAAGAUACAGAUUUUGGAAUAAGAAAAGACGUUGAAGGCAUUAAUGAACUUAUUUUUGCCAUCACAACAUCGUUGAAAGAUGAUAAGCUCGUCGCUUGGUGUUACACUGUUGCUGAAAACCAAUCGUUCUGGUUGACAAUGCGUGAUCAAAUUGUGGAAUUAUUCAACAUAUGUCGUCCUAUUGUGGAAGAAUUUCUUCAAAACGAAGGCAAAAAUAUUGCAAAAGGUCUAAUCCCAUUGAUUAUGAAAGAAAUUAUUAAGAAAUAA